CGUGUUUAUGACUUUCGCACCUGAUAAUUUAGUUUGGUGUAUCUUAAAUAAAACAUUUGUUAGUGAAAUUUUUUAAAUGUAAAAUAGAAGUCUAUUAAUGAAUAUUUAUAGAUAAGUCAACGAGUUUAAAAUCAGUGUUUUUGAUGCAUAGAAUUUAACGUACUAUUAAUGCACAACAACUUAUAAGAUUAUAAUAAUUAAAGAAUAAUGUAUCUAGUUGAAUAUUAUGUACUUUGAACCAUUUAGACUUUCAGGUUCUGAUAGCUAUGAAUGCAAAUGUAGAAGAUAAAGGUAUCAAAGGAGAUUGCACGCCUUUGAUGGAAGCAGCUAGUGCUGGACAUGUUGAUAUUGUGAGUCUUCUCAUUGCUCAUGGAGCAGACGUAAAUGCCCAGUCAUCAUCAGGCAAUACUCCUCUGAUGUACGGAUGUGCUGGUGGUCAUGAAGAAGUUGUCAAAGUACUCCUAGAAGCAGGAGCUAAUGUGGAAGAUCAUAAUGAAAACGGUCACACGCCUUUGAUGGAAGCUGCCAGUGCUGGUCACGUAUCGGUUGCAAAAGUUUUAUUAGAACAUGGUGCAGGCAUUAAUACUCAUUCAAACGAAUUUAAAGAAUCUGCUUUGACGUUAGCGUGUUACAAAGGACAUUUGGAUAUGGUUAGAUUUUUGUUGAGCGCUGGUGCAGAUCAGGAACAUAAAACAGAUGAAAUGCACACAGCACUCAUGGAAGCUUCAAUGGACGGACACGUAGAAGUUGCUCGUCUUUUAUUGGAUUCUGGAGCUCAAGUGAAUAUGCCAACCGAUAGUUUUGAAUCGCCUUUAACCUUAGCUGCCUGUGGAGGUCAUGUAGAUUUGGCGAUGCUUUUGAUAGAAAGAGGUGCAAAUAUUGAAGAAGUUAACGACGAAGGAUAUACGCCGUUGAUGGAGGCUGCUAGGGAAGGACACGAGGAAAUGGUGGCAUUACUUUUAAGUCAAGGAGCAAAUAUCAAUGCACAGACCGAAGAAACUCAAGAAACGGCACUCACUUUGGCUUGCUGUGGAGGAUUUAUCGAAGUAGCAGAUUUUCUUAUUAAAGCUGGUGCUGAUAUCGAAUUAGGAGCUUCAACACCUUUGAUGGAAGCUGCUCAGGAAGGUCAUUUAGAUCUUGUGCGUUACCUUUUAGAAUCAAAUGCUAAUGUACAAGCACAAACACAGACUAGUGAUACUGCGUUAACAUAUGCUUGCGAAAAUGGACAUACCGAUGUAGUAGACAUUUUGUUACAGUUUGGAGCUGAUUUGGAACAUGAAUCAGAAGGAGGAAGGACACCUUUAAUGAAAGCGUGUCGGGCGGGACACCUUUGUACAGUCCAAUUCUUAGUAUCAAAAAAAGCUGAUGUGAAUCGUCAAACAACUAAUAAUGAUCAUACACCUCUUUCUCUAGCAUGUGCUGGAGGACAUCUUUCUGUUGUCGAACUUUUACUUGCUCAAUCAGCAGAUCCGUUUCAUAAAUUAAAGGAUAAUUCAACAAUGCUAAUUGAAGCAGCAAAAGGAGGACAUACAAAUGUUGUACAGCUUUUGCUAGAUUAUCCUCAUAGUAUCAUGAUCAAUUCUUCGCGUGAUACGUCACAGUCAAUGCUUAUUAAUUCACCUCAAAUUAUUCGGCAGCCUCUUCAAAUUUCAACGCAAUAUUUACUAGAACAACAAUCUCUGAGUAGCAUUCAAGAAUCGGUAUUGAGUCCAAAAAUACCUCCUAAGAAUUAUAAUCAAAAGUCUAUCUUAAGAAAAACAAGAUCGAUUCCUAAUUUUACCGAUGCAAUUAUUAGUUCAGCCGAAUUACAACAUAUUUGUCAAUCUAUAACUUCAAAUACUAAUUCUAAUAUUUCGGAAAAAAACGCAGUAAGCCAAACUUGUUUUCCGCAGCGAAAUGAUUAUGUACGUGCCUCUUCUUCUUUACAAGUACCAGUAGAUUUUAAUAAUCAAGAAAACGAUAAAAGUAGCAGACAUGAACAGAUUGUACACAAACAACAGAUAUUAGAAGAGUUACAG